AUGGAGGAAUUUGCCCAGUCCCGGGGCGAUGAUGACCUCUUUGACGACGAGAUUGUGCCCUUGGACGACCCCCCUUCACCAGAGAAAGUCGCAGCCGGACUCGAUCAAGUCUCGCUGGACUCGACUCCGCCGCCGCCGCCGCCUCCUCCUCCUCCACGGGCUGAACAAACGCCCAUAAAUGCCCCUUCAACUGUACCAGCUCCUGCCCCCGAGAACAAAGGCUACAGAAACAACAAACCACGCGGAAGAGGUGGCCGAGGAGGAGCACCUCGAGGCGGCGGCGGAGCACAAAGCAGAGGCGGGCUCUCGGACUCCAAAUGGGCUCCGAAACCAUCAAAGCCAACAGACACAACUACAGUCCGGAAAAGCGAAUCCGGGCCAACUUCAGAAGCACGGCCCGACAGUACAGCCACAAAUACAGCCGCUGCCCCUGCUUCUGCCUCCACCAGCGAAGCCCCAAACCCAGAGCUCUCGACACAGGCAGAAGCAGGGGCAGAGAACCCCACCACCACGGCUCCAAACGCACCGUCGAUACCGACAAACACUCGCCCACCAGCAGUCCGCGGUGACCGGUCCGCCACCGGAGGCACACGCAAGCCUAAACUCACCGAAGAGGAACUGACCGCCAAACUGGCGGCGGCGAAGGAAAGGUCCCAAAAUCUGGCGGCGGCGCACGCACGGGCACAAGCCGACGCCGCGAAUUUCGAAGAACGAGAACGCAUUGCCAAGCAGAAGCGCGAGAAAGAACGCGUAGAGCGCAAAGUCAUGGACAAUGAGCGCGAGAAGAACAGACAGCGCAAAAUGGCCGUCAUGGGCGGUCGGGAAUGGGACGCCGGCAAGAACGAAGAGGACUUCAAAGCCAACGGCCGUGGCGGCCCGAGGAGAGGGUAUCAGACUUCCAUGACGCCCGAGCAGCAGUACCAGGCCGAGCAGGACGACCUGAGACAGUACGAAUGGCAUGAAAACCGGGGGCGUGGCGGCGGCCGUGGACGUGAGCGAGGACGGGGUGGCCGUGGAAGAGGAGGCGGAGGUGCUCGGGGAGGGAAGAACGCUGGUGGUCCUCCGCCGGAUCUGGCUGCCGAUGCGGAUUUCCCUGCCCUGCCUACCACUGUCGCCGCGGAUGGCGAGGACAAAAUGCCAAAGGCCUCGACUGUGUCGAAACCGACCAUGUCAAGAUGGGACAGCGGGGCAUUAUCACCUUCAGGCGACGGUGGUGGAGGAGGAGGAAGCUGGGCUGAGCAGGUCGAAUCGAGUGAGGCCGAUAAUAAGAAGGAAAAUACGGUGGCGACGUAG